AUGUCUGGCCCUACCACCCUCGCGCCCCUCUGGAUCCCUUAUCCACCGGACCCCCUCGCCAAAUGGGCCCCGUCCGGCAACCAUGGCUACUGGACCUUCGGCUCUGUCAACUCUUCAGUUGACGGACCCUUCCCCGACGUCGAGACUGAAGUGUUUUUUGGUCCGACAUUUGAGGAGCAUGCUGACUCCACGACAUUGUUUGAGUCGGCUGACACCACCGCGGACGCUGCCAACAACGAACAGGUCCCGCCCGCAGACCACAAUGACCCCAAGGCUGUCCAGCGCAAGGUCAUUCUGUGGUCUGCACUUUCGUUCAUUCUCCUUGUCGCAUCUGUUCUUCCCCGCGACACACCUCGACUGGCCAAGAGAUGGCUCGACAACAUCUCUGGCAAGUCUGCUCUGGAGGCUGACCAUGGCGCUCUGAGCGACGUUCUUCGUGAAUGGGUACGCGUUUACGACGAGCACCAGGCUGCUCUGGCAAAGCAUGACGAGAAGUGGAACGCUCUCGUCAUAGACUCCGCUGCCUUAGGCGACCGACCCCUCGAAGACCUACACGGCAUCGAGGGUGCACAAGUCGCUCUGGAUAUCGUCCUCGACAAAUGCGACGUUGUUGAGGCCCGCCUUGCGUCUCUCGACGUUCAUCACAACGAACUCGAGAACCGAAGAGAAAAAGAAGUUGUCGUCCUCCAGGCGUCUGGCGAUGCGUUCCAGGAACGGCUGGAUAACCUUCGUCUCGAAAUAGCUGACGAGGACCGCGAAGCUGCAAUCCUCACCGAAGCUCACGAAACACGCAUCGAAAAGCUCAAAGACGAUAUUGUUGUUUCUCAGGCUAAGGUCCAGGCCGCAGAGGGUCUUGCCGCUUCUGCUUCUCGCGAACUCUCGACCCUCAACGACACCCUCAGCGUAGUCCGGGCAGAGAAGCAAAGUCUUGAGGCUGAAAAUGAGUUGCUUCGUCGAUUUUCUUCCGAGGCAGAAGAGACCCUUAGGCGUAACCGGCUAGCUCGUCAACAGAAGCUAGACGGUCUUCGCGCAGCAGUAGCUGCGCAGAAGGCUGCGCUGCAGGUGGCAAUGGAACGCGAAGCUGCGGCAACAGCUCGGCAGUACGCACUCCAGGAGCAGCUCCGCUCCGCCACCGCGCACGCUCAUCAAGAGGAGGGAUCCCUCGAAGCCGAUCUCUGUGCACAGAGAACCCAGGUUGCUGCUCUCUCUAAGACGCUCGCUGAGCGUCACGCAGCGGCCACGGACCUCCAGAAAGUCCAUCAACAUCUUC